AUGCGCAGCAUCGUCAACAUCCUGGUUAUCACUGUCGUUGUGGCUAGCAAUGCCUGUAACGACGAGGACAAAGCGAAGAUGGCGAACAGCUUAUUUCCCAACUAUCUAUUCAACUGUGGUUCCGACGCCGGGCUUACACCCUCAAAAAUCGCCCCCUGCCUUGAGCAAGGAUGUGGCCUGUCUCACGAAUGCUCCGGUUGCUUCGUUACUGCUGGAGAGUGUACUAUUAAAUCAUGCCUUGGAUCCUGCAUCUUCAGCCCACUGAGUGGAAAGUGCUUCAAGUGUGUGAAGGAUCACUGCGAUGUUGCACUUCUGACUUGCACAGGCUUGACCGAUCCCUUACCUAAUCCGACGAAGAAGGGUGGUGUCUCUUAA